AUGAGUCGCACGUCGCACCACGCCAUGCUCGACGGCGCGUUGUCGAAGGGGUGGAAGAGCUUCUGGAGGCAGGCGAUGCGCAGCGCCGAACGGCUACCUAUACGACUGGCCAUGCGGAACAUGAUGCGGGCGGUGUGGGUGGGCUUGCGGUACCGUCUCUCGCCGAUAGCGCCAGCGCCGACGCUAUGGAAACGCUUGGACGCUGCACAACGGAGAAUGGCUGGCACGCUGCACGGGCCCGCCCGCGUGCCCCCUGGAGAGCAGCCGAGCCCCGCGGGGGCGGCGGCGGCGCACCACAAAGGCGUCAGCAAACUGAUCUCCGAGCACGGGGGCCCCGGGGACAGCGGUGGCAGGCCCUGGCGGGGACAUGGCGCGCCCACCCCCAAAGGCACUGGCACACGCAUGCCGCCAGGGCGCUGGCAGCUGCAAACGAUCUGGCUACUGGACGGGUCAGCACCCGCACAGAAAAUUUCUUCCAGGACAAGGGGACUGGGCGCCUCGGCAAAAGACGGGUGA